UCCUCCCGCGCUAUGAUGGCCCGCGCGGAGCCGCAGGGGCGGCGGCCCGGAGUCGGGAUAGGAGUAGUGGUGACUAGCAGCAGGCAUCCUCGUUGCGUACUCCUGGGGAAGAGGAAGGGGUCGGUUGGAGCCGGCCGUUUUCAACUCCCCGGGGGCCAUUUGGAGUUCGGUGAAACUUGGGAAGAAUGUGCUCAAAGGGAAACGUGGGAAGAAGCAGCUCUUCACUUGAAAAAUGUUCGCUUUGCCUCAGUCGUGAAUUCCUUUGUUGAGAAAGAAAAUUACCAUUAUGUGACGAUAUUAAUGAAAGGAGAGGUGGACAUGACUUAUGAUUCAGAACCAAAGAACACAGAGCCUGAAAAAAAUGAAAGUUGGGAGUGGGUUCCGUGGGAAGAAUUUCCUCCACUGGACCAGCUUUUCUGGGCACUGCGGAGUUUAAAGGAACAAGGCUACAAUCCAUUUAAAGAAGAUUUAGAUCACCUGGUAGGGUACAAAGGCCAUCAUCUCUAGGGGAAGAAGAUAACCUCAAACACUUUGAAAAGACAACAUAGGGUUCUAUGAAAGCAUGAAAAAUAUCUGCAUUUCAGAACAACUCCAUUUUAUGUAAAAAGUUCCAUAUACUUACCAGUUUAUUUUCUGCCUCUUAAUAUAUACCCACCACCCUUUCAGCCAGUACUUGUGAAAAAUUUGCUGGCAUUAUAUCAUGAAUUGCAUUUCAGACUCAGAAAAUGUGAUAAAUGGUGAUAUUGUGGCAAUUCUGCUUUUUGUAUUUUUCUGUGAUAUUUACUGUGCAGUUUUUCAUUACUAGCUUGAAUGGCAUGGAGGGCAGUGGAAUUUACCCUCGUGUUUCAGUUCAAAUAGAAAUCCUAAUUCAGAUGCUAAGAUAGUAUGCCUGUGGCAGAACUUAAUCAGGUUUGUUGAUUUUCCUCGUCUGUUUUAUUUAAAAUAAAGUUUUUGGUACUAUAG